AGAGAGAGAGAGAGAGAGAAUGUAAAUCUUACGAUGGACGCAUCGGUCGUUCCCUCUCUUUUUAGCGAAGCUCUCUUGGUGGGGUGGUCUCCGCGGAGUACGUUGAAAGCUUGAAGUCCUCUCUCUCUCUCUCUCUCUCUAAGCUGAAGACUUUUGAUUUUUGAAUCUCUAAUUUGUACUUGUACAUUAGAAGUGAAUCCAGAAUGAGUUUCACCGGAAAGAAUCCGAGAAUGAGUUGAAGAUCUGCGGAAAGAGGAAUUCAGAUCUUUGAGUUUAUAUUUUUCUUUCUUCGCUUUGGAAAUUGUGAUGGGUUGGAGGUACAAGGCUGGAUUGUUCCUCAUUGCGGCUGUUGUAAUCAUCUGGGUCACCUCUGCGGAAGUCACACAGGGCAUUUUUACAGACUAUAAACAACCAUUUGCAGUUACAUAUUUAGGUGCCUCUCUUAUGGUAAUUUAUCUCCCAGUAGCAUUCAUCAAAGAUUGGCUAUGUCUUUCUUUGAGAAGCCGUUCUUCAAAAGGUGGUAAAAAUGCAGAAAUUGUUGAUAAAUCAUCUGCUGAUGUUGAUUCUCCUAUAAAAUUCCAUGGGAUGCAAAUCUUUGAAAUGGAAACCCAAAUAAAAGACAGUGAAGCAGACCUUUCUGUACAGGAUGAUGAACAACCUUUAGUUUCCAAGCACAAAGAGGAUGUGGACAUGCUAAAACAUGACAGAGAGCUUACCACAAGGGAAAUUGCUACAUAUGGAUUUUAUAUUGCGCCUAUCUGGUUUAUAACAGAGUACUUAUCUAAUGCUGCACUGGCACGUACGAGUGUUGCAAGUACAACAGUACUGUCUUCAACUUCAGGAAUGUUCACCCUUUUUAUUGGAGCAUUUCUUGGAGAAGAAUCACUAAAUAUGGCGAAAGUAGUAGCUGUCUUUGUUAGCAUGGCUGGAGUUGUGAUGACAACACUGGGAAAGACCUGGGCCACAGAUGAGGCACAAUUAAGUGCAUCCGCUAAUGGGAAACGAUCUCUUGUAGGAGACCUCUUUGGGCUUCUCUCAGCUAUGACAUACGGACUGUUUACUGUUCUUCUCAAAAAGUUUGCUGGAGAGGAUGGAGAAAGGGUUGAUGUGCAAAAGUUAUUUGGAUAUAUUGGACUUUUCACGCUUGUUGCCCUCUGGUGGCUGGUGUGGCCAUUGACUGCUUUGGGAAUUGAACCAAAGUUCACAAUUCCUCACUCCAUAAAAAUGGACGAAGUUGUACUUGCGAAUGGCUUUGUUGGAAGUGUUCUCUCUGACUACUUCUGGGCUUUAUGUGUUGUUUGGACAACUCCAUUGGUGGCCACCUUAGGCAUGUCUCUAACCAUACCACUUGCCAUGGUAGCUGACAUGGUGGUUCAUGGACGCCACUAUUCGGCAAUCUAUGUUCUAGGUUCUGUUCAGGUAUUUGCUGGGUUUGUGAUAGCUAACGUUUCAGAUUGGUUAUCCCGAAAGUUGGGAUUGUAGCAUUUUGUAAAGUUCAGCUCAAAUCUUUAAUUUUUUUUGUAGCGCCAUUUUUUAUUUACCUUGUUGGUGGAAGGCCAACAGGUGUGUGAGUAAUAUAUGAUACUUCCCCUAUUUUUUUUUCUGUUGAAAUAUACUUCCCCUUUGGAAUGCUUUGAUUCCAAGAUUCCAAGAAAGAAAGAGACGUACUAUUCCAAUGUAUUUGAUUGUGGGAAAGGGAUCAAAAGUCAAGCUUGUAUGUUUUUUCCUUGGUCCUGUGAAGCCAUGGAUGCUGUAAACGUUUUCCAUUCAAAAAGCUUGUGGGAUUGGGUGUGCUGAA